AUGUUCCGCUCCGCCGUCGCCCGAUCGCUGCGGUCGUCCAUACCUCGCGUUGCCAGAGCCGCUUCGCCCGUCGCCCGUCAAGUCCCAAAAUUCUCCUGCAUCGCCAGACAAGCUCAAUUCGCCCCAAGCUUCUCCUACCAGGCCAUAAGAUCAUACUCUGCACCGGCUGGCCUUAACCAGACCGAAGUCCAGGGCCGAAUAGUCGAUCUGUUGAAGAACUUUGACAAGGUUUCCGACGCUUCCAAGAUCACCCCCAACUCCCACUUCACAAACGACCUCGGAUUGGACAGCUUGGACACCGUCGAGGUUGUCAUGGCAAUUGAGGAGGAAUUCAGCAUCGAGAUUCCUGACAAGGACGCAGACGCCAUCCACAGCAUUGACCAAGCCGUUACCUAUAUCCUCUCCCAGCCUGAUGUUUCGUCGAAUCCCGGUAACUGGAUUGCGCCCCAAAAGAUUUCCUAG